AACCCUAACCCUCUCUCUCUUCCACACUGACUCGCCCUCAUUUACUCACUGCCUCCUGUUUUCACACUUCUACUUCUUGUUUCUUUGUAUUUUUUCACACCCUCUCUCUCUCUCUGUUUUCCAAAAGCUUAGCGAAAAAAAAGCCGAGGGGAUUUAAGUGAGAAAGCGAAUUGGUUUUUUUUUUUGGAAAGUUUGUGUCUUUGCCGAAGUCUUUUAAUUCACUCCUUCAUUUCCAACCAUGGCUUCAAUAUCCACAAGUACUGCUACUUCCAUUAGUGGAGCUCCACCACCCUUUUACUUUGACGAGAAGUGGAAAUUGUCAAAGAAAGAAGGUUCUUCAAGAAGCCGAUCUUCCACAGCAGCAACAACAGCAACUAGUGCCACUACUCCUUUCAUGAAGAAUAGUUCUACUUCUUCUUCUUCUUCUUCUUCCUCACACAGAAGGUGUUCUUUCUCAAGAAAGUGUGCUAGGCUUGUGAAGGAACAAAGAGCAAGGUUCUACAUCGUGAGGCGCUGCGUGACUAUGCUCAUUUGCUGGAGAGAGUAUAGCGAUUCUUAAAGAAAUGAGUUUUAUAGAGGGAAAGAGAGAGAUGGCUCUCUAGAGGGACUAAACAAAGAAAGUUCACUCUUUUUUCUCAUGCCUCUCUCUCUUUUUCCUCUUUUCUUUCUAUGAGAUCGUUAUUGGGUAAAGCAAAAAAACACCCAGUUUAAAGUUUUUCUUGGCGUCCAAGAAGGAAGAGGAAGAGAAAGAUAUAUACUUGUACAUAAAUUUUUUUUUUUUCACUUUUUUGUUUUUUUUUUUUUUUUUUUGGGGUUAGACUCUUUUUGGGGGCUCUGAAUCUCCUUCGAAGGAGACGGGUUCGUGAUGUUGCUGUUAAUUAAUUCUACUGUUUAUCUGUCUGGAAAUAGAGACUUUAAAUUCAGAAGAGAAUCAAAAUUAGCUUUCAGCAA